AUGGCCGACAGCCCAAACGCUGAUGUUGACGACCCGCCCAGUAUCCCAUUGCCUCCGCUCAUCACUGUGUCCGGUCUGCCCAGUGCCACUGCCGCAGGUCGCAACCUGAAGGAAUGGCUGCAGGAGCAGUUUUGUGACAAACCUCUGGAGCAGGAUGACAUGCGGCUCCACAACGCCGCCUACGUCGGUGACCUGGACACCCUGAGGAACCUUCUGCAAGAGGAGGGCUUUAGACAGCGUAUCAAUGAGAAGUCGGUGUGGUGUUGCGGCUGUCUGCCUUGCACCCCUCUGCGGAUCGCCGCCACGGCCGGACACGCAGUGUGUGUGGCCUAUCUGAUUGCUCAGGGUGCUGAUGUAGAUCUAGUUGAUGUCAAAGGCCAAACAGCUCUCUAUGUAGCGGUGGUAAACGGCCACCUAGACUGCGUUCGGAUCCUCCUUGAGGCGGGAGCUGAUCCCAAUGGAAGCCGCCAUCACAGAAGUACCCCGCUUUACCAUGCUGCACGCGUGGGGAGGGUGGACUUACUGCAGGAGCUCAUCCGGUUCAAUGCAGAUGUUGACAUGGACCACCAGCUGGGCCCACGACUCCUCCUAAGUGCUCGUACCCUGAACACUUUGGUGGUUUGUCCUCUCUACAUCAGCGCGGCCUACCACCACCUGGAAUGUUUUCGGCUACUGCUACAAGCCGGUGCACAGCCCGAUUUUAACUACACUGGGCCCGUUUGCCACGAGGCUCUGACCCGUGGCCUGGCCUCCUGCCUGCUGGAUGCGGUGCUGCGACACGGAUGUGAGGUGGCCUUCAUCCACCUGCUGCUGGACCACGGGGCAAACCCAGCCCUGGUGCCCUGGGACGAAUCGGAACUUGAAACGCCGAACCGGAGGAAAGUGGAUCCCGAGGCACUCAGGGUCUUUCUGGACGCAAGACGACAACCUCGAAGGCUUACCCAUUUGUGCCGCAUCAGGAUCCGAAAAGCAAUGGGAAAAAUUCGUUUAAAACACAUACCUUCAUUACCACUACCAGAACCUAUCAAGAAUUUCCUGCUUCACCAAAAUUGA